AGCCAAAUCCAGCUUUUGAGAGAAUCAGCAGUGGUCCAGCCUUGGGAUAAGAGGAAAUAUUUUAGAUGACCUAGUGGGUUACACUCAGGGUAUAUUUAUCCCACCCUUCUCUAUUUCAUGGAAGCAGGGGCUGGAAACACAGUGGGUUUAUGGGACUCCUUAUAAAGACUUCAUCAUCAGUGAGGGGGGAGUCAGUGGGGGAGAGAAGGCAGCGACAGAGACAGAAACAGAGGAAUAACAGAUAAAGCCGCUAGAGAAGAAAGCAGGAGCUAUAUUAAUGAUAAAGCAUAUACAUAGAGAGAGGAAGAGAGACAAGAGUACAGACAAAAAGAAACAGUGAAAGAGAGCAGUAGACAUGAUACAGACAUAUCUGCAGAAAGAAAAGCUGUAGGGAAGGAGGCAGGGAGAAUAGUAUCAGGCUGCUCAUCUCUAUAGCAUAGCCAUAGUCAUCUACUAAGCAAGGACCACUGGAAAGAUGAUACCAGGAGAAACAGCUGCCAAAGAGCCUAAGAACAACCCUGUUCCAACCCAGAAGCAUGGGGAGAAAGAGAAACUGGAUGAGGCCAAAGCAUUCUAUGAAAAUCUUACCCCCACCAAGAAACCCAAAUCGCCUAAACCUCACAAUGCAAUAACAAUAGCAGUAUCCUCCCGAGCACUUUUUCUCAUGGAAGAGGAGCAAAAGGUUUACCAAGAAAAGGGUCUAGAGGAAUAUGUUCGGUAUCAACUAGAACAUGAAAAUGAGCCAUUCAAGCCUGGAGCUGCAUUCCCUUUUGUAAAGGCUCUAGAAUCAGUUAACACUCAACUUCGCCAGCUCUAUCCAGAGAGUGAAGAUCUUUUUGAUAUUGUCCUCAUGACUAAUAACCAUGCUCAAGUUGGAGUGCGCCUCAUUAAUACCAUAAACCAUUACAACCUCUUUAUAGAGCGUUUCUGUAUGACUGGAGGCAACAGCCCCAUUGGCUACCUGAAAGCUUACCACACCAACCUGUACCUCUCAUCUGAUGGCCAAAAAGUGCAGGAAGCUAUAGAAGAAGGUAUAGCAGCAGCAACCAUUUUUAGCCCAAGUCACAAUGUGUCCGUCCAUGAAGAACAACUACGUGUAGCAUUUGAUGGAGAUGCUGUCCUGUUUUCUGAUGAGUCAGAGCAAAUUGUGAAGGAGCAUGGGCUGGACAUGUUUUUUGAACAUGAGAAGGCUUAUGAGAACAAGCCUUUGGCACAGGGACCUCUUAAAGGUUUCCUGGAAGCUUUGGGGAAGUUGCAGAAGAAAUUUUACUCCAAGGGAAUGAGGAUGAACUGCCCUAUUCGCACUUAUUUGGUUACUGCACGUAGUGCUGCCAGUUCUGGCGCACGUGCCCUAAAAACUCUACGUAGUUGGGGGCUUGAGACUGAUGAAGCUUUAUUCUUGGCUGGAGCCCCAAAGGGACCUCUCCUUGAAAAGAUACGCCCACACAUAUUUUUUGAUGACCAGAUGUUUCAUGUUGAGGGAGCUAAGGAGAUGGGCACAAUAGCAGCUCAUGUACCAUAUGGUGUAGCACAAAGACAUAAACAUAAACCUUCUCAAAACAGCAAGUAAUACUUCCUUUGGCGCCUGCAGCCAUGCACUAUACCCAGAAUAUUACCACACUACAUAUUUAUUUGGGUUUUUUGGGUUUAAUGGAAGCCCCCAGAUUGUUUACAAAGCUCCUUGUUCUUUAUUAGAACCAAAUGGGGCAAUAUAUAAAUACUAUAAAGUGACUUUUUUGUGAUAAGUGCCCAUGCACAUUCACUAUUGCUGCCUACUUUGCAUAAUGGCAUGAUUGCAACCAUUGACAAAAAAAUGUUAUGCUUGUCUGUUGUCUGUGUUUCAGCUGCCUCUGUCCUUGUAUGUAACAGUGAUGUGGUGAAUGUAACACUCUACUAAACAGGCUGCUAUUAUUGCCUUUUUGCUUUGUACAGCUUUAACUGUAACUCACACCAACAUGCAAAUGAUUAAGUAAACAAAAUUCCCUGCACAUAAAACAAUGAGAGUCCUACAGAGUCAAGUACAAAUACUUAGCACUGUGCACAUGAUAAAGUCAAGGAAAAGUGAAGGGUAUUGUAAAAGAACUCAAGAACACCAUGGUCUUACUAUCAUUAGCCUUCUACAUAUGCAUGAAAACUAAAUAGUCCUAAUUUGUUUUGGAAAACCAAUACAUUAUAAAAAUAGAAAAACAAUUUGCUCUCAGUAUUUUUGCUCUUAUUUGCAAGGUAAAAAUAUACUCCAUUUGUAAUAUUUAUGUGCUAAUUGGCAGUGUUCAUUUCUUCAGUGGUUUCUUGGUGUAAUUUUGCUAAUAGGGUGCUUGGGGUUUGGUAAUGGUGUCCUUUCUUUUAUUUUUUCCUCUCCGAUAUUUUAAGGAAUAGAGCUCCCUUUAUUUGUGUUUCAGCUCCUAAAAAGCUGUGGUUAUUUAUAUUAGUUUGUAAAUUGACUUUUGUGCAUAUUUAUUAACCAUAUAAUAAGGAUCCCAGUUUUGCUAUGUACCAUAUACACACAGACUGUGAGAUGUACUUAGUACUGGAUGCUGGUAACUUUGCAUUUUGCUUCUUAGAGUAGGGAAAGAGGGUGAGUAGGGUGGCUAGCAGUAGAUGGCUAUCCAUUGUAUGUCUGCAUAGUUAUAUAUAUGGCAGCUUGGGUCUUUUUGAUGAGUCUAAAUCAAAUAGGACUUUAUUAUAUUGAAUAUAACAUUUUUGACUAAAACACCGUACUUGAUAUUAUAGAAAAGGGACUGAUAUAUAAUAUCAAACUGUUGUGCCAAGCAUAUCUACAAGCGACAGUCUGUGGCCAAACUUAAAAAAUAUUGGGGGAAGGGCACACACAUUAGUCAGCUAAUACCAAUGCAAUUGUUAUCAGCCAACUGACUGUUGGUAUAGUACAGUACUUUACCAAAAUGUUUGCAUGGGCACAGAUCCGUUCUGUUGGAGCUCGCACCAGCAAGUAUGAGCAGCUUGAUCAUUAUGCAGAUGACAGUUUGUCUCCUUAUUCCUAAGUGUGUAAAUACAUUUGCUAAACUUUGUGAAUGAGGAUACCUCAAAAUAACCAAGCACAUCUACCUUAUGUGAAAUCAGUGUAUGAAAUGAGGAGAUGUAAAGAAAUGGUGAUAGCGACAGAAAAGUAUUAUGCAGAAAUACCAGGUCCUUCCUAGAAGACAGAAUCUACCUAAGACUAACCUUUGUUGGUACCCAAUAAUAAUAAUAAUAUAUUUGUUAAUAAAAGAUGGUGACUACUGUUUUGUGACUCAAAUGAGAAUUGUUUGAAGUAUUUAAUUCAGUCUUAAAAAAUGUCUUCCUUAUCACUAGAGACAUAAUAUAUGACUAAUAAAAAGAUUAGAAAUAAAAUGCUAUUUUAAAACUUAAUUUGUACUUGGAAUACUUCAAGCAAAUAUAAUAUAUACAGAUAUAUAUAUAAUAAAUCAUAACCAAAAAGUUAUUAGGCCAAAUUUUGGACAUCAUGCAAUAAAUAUUUAAAAGAUAUUAAUUAUAUAAUAUAUAUAGAUAAAUAUAUAUUAUAUAUAUAUAUUUAUAUGUAUAUGUUUUUCCCUGAUACAUAACUUUAGAUAUUAAUACUGUGGUUUUUAUUAAAAUAAUAUUUUGAUGACUACAUUUUUAAUGUUUACUCUCAGAAAUUGGGGCUAAAUUUUAUAAACCAGUGCGAAAAAAAUGGUGCAUGUCACUAUAUCUUUACCCACAAUAAAACAUUUUAUGCCAGAACUCUAGUGUAACUGUGCCUGUCACAAGCAGGCAGAAAAAUGUGCACUGGUAAGUAAACUGUGCAUUCAUGGGCACAGCUUAUGCUUAUGAAGUAAUUGUUGGGAGUCCAUUCACACACACACUCUUCAAUUGAUGCAAUUUCAAGUGCCUAUUGGCACACUAUGUACAGGGGCAUUUUGCUUACCACCUUUUCAUAGCAAUAUAUGGCUGUAGCAGAACAGACUAUGCCUGAUUCCUCAUACACUAACGUUGGUUAAAUCGGCAAACUGGAACAUGGCACAGUAUAGUAAAGCAAGUAGAUGCAUGUGCUUUGUGUAUGUUAUUUUAAUGGGCUUGUUUCUGUCCCUACUGUUUUAAUAUUGUUUUAAAGAUACUUGUGAUAUCAGAGAAUACUGGGUAGUAAGCUCCUACCUGAAUGAGUAAAAUGCUAGUAAAGACUUGAUAAACUUCAAACCUCUGUUAUAAAUUCCUAACUAUUUUUGCAAUAAUUUGAAUGUAUAAAUAUAUAUAUUAUGAGUAGGCAAAGCCAAUUUUACUAAAACAUUUUGCUAAAAAAACUGUUGCCUGCUGAAUAGCAGAAUUUCAACUAAACUAAAUACAGGUAUGGGAUCCGUUAUCCGGAAACCCGAUAUCCAGAUAGCCCUGAAUUAUGGAAAGCCUGUCUCCCACAGACUUCAUUUUAAUCAAAUAAUUCAGAUUUUUAAAAUUGAUUUCCUUUUUCUCUGUAAAAAUAAAAUAGUGCUUUGUAUUUGAUCCCAACUAAGAUAUAAUUUAAUCCUUAUUGGAUGCAAAAUAAUCCUAUUGAGUUUAAUUAAUGUUUUAUUGAUUUUUUAAUAGACUUAAGGUUUGAAGAUCCAAAUUACAGAAAGACCCCUUAUCCGGAAUACCCUUGGUCCCGAGCAUUCUGGAUAACGGGUCCUAUACUUGUACAGUGAGAUCAAUCAACUGAACUCGGUUCUCAUUAGGUGGUAUAUUAAACAAAAUUGUUUUCCCCAACUAAAUAUUUAGUCUUAAUGCACUGGCCAAAUCUAUGAUUUAUGGAUUUAGUGUAUCCCUAACAUCUGCCUACACAUUUUAAUAAAGAAAACCUGCAAACUGAAUGUAUUAAUACCCAAAACACUAUGUAAUGUUGCAUGUCCUGGUACUGGCCUUUUAGUCUGUGACACACUGUCAAGUUUGUCACUAUUGUAAUGUUCACUCUCCAUGUUUGGAGAGUUUUAACAAAAUUGCCUUAUAAGAAGCCUCUUAUGUUCUUCGACUAUAUGUUUCGACCUUGUUCACUGUUAAAUGUGUUAUGCACCUUUAUAUGGAAGAGAUUGUACAUAGGACUCACAGACCUUUUCCACAUAUUUUUGUGAAUGUAAUAAACUGAAUGUAUUACGGAAUCUUGUAUGUUUUAUCUGUCAUAAAAUAAAAGCCUGUGAAAUUCACAUAUA